CCCUGAGAUGGAUAUGAACUGUGUGAGUGUUUAUCAGUGUGACUCACUGAAGGUCGGGCUCAGUGUUUCCUCCUCGGACCUGCGCUCACUUGACUCUUCAUCACUGAUCACAAGUUACCAGGACACGUUCACUUUGUGUGGGUCUGAUUCUCUAGAGUUCAUGACACACAAGCUGCGACACAACACGAGUCAGGGUGAGUUCCUGUUGCGCAUCCCUCCUGCGCAUCUCCGGGUUGUGUGUGACUUCCUUCUCCUCACAGCGCGCUGCACAUUGUGAGGGCAAAUACACGCUGGGAAUCGAACUGAGUGGUGGUGUUUCAUCCCCUCACCCACACACAGUUACACUGGAUACACUCCCACACACAGUCACGUGAUUUCCAGUAACUGCAGAGAGGGGGAGGAGCUUCCAGUGAAAGUGAAAGUGUUCAGACUGGUUCUAACUUCAAGGAGCAGACGGAGGAGACGUGAAGUCUGAGGCUGACUGAAGAUGAGUGGUUAUGAGAAGGAAGAGGACAGAGCAGAGUCUCCAGGGUUCAGCUGUCUGUCUCUGAAGAGUGACUGGUCCAUGUUUGAGCCUCCAUUCUUCAGUAAUGAACCUGGACCCUCACACACAAAAGGUCAGGACCACAGACUGAGAGCAGAGUCUCCAGGGUCCAGCUGUGUGUCUCUGAAGAGUGACUGGUCCAUGGAUCAUCCUCCAUGCUUCAGUAAUGAACCUGGACCCUCACCCACAGAGGAGAGGAAGAGGAGUCAUGUUUCUGAGGAGGAGCAGUCGUCCUGCUGUGCUUCGUGUCAGGACGUCCUGAAGGAUCCAGUCUCCACCAGCUGUGGACACUGGUUCUGCAGACAGUGCAUCACCUCAUACUGGGACCAGUCUGGUUCUUCAGGAGACUCCUCCUGUCCCCAGUGUGGACAAAGAUCCAGACCAGGAGCUGGAGCAGAUCGUGGUCUGCAGGAGGUUUCAGAUGAACAUAAGCUCAGUGUGAGGAGGAGAUGUGAACAUGUGACUGAAGGAAGUGAUGAAACAGGAAGUAGAACCCUCCUCAACAGGAUCUACACUGAGCUCCACAUCACAGAGGGACAGAGUGAAGAGGUUAAUACUCAACAUGAGGUGAGGCAGCUUGAGACGGCUUCCAAGAAGAAGAUCCUCCAGGACACUCCCAUCAAGGUCCACGACAUCUUUAAAGCCUCCACUGACCAGCAGAGCAGCAUCAGAGUCGUCCUGACCAACGGAGUCGCUGGCGUUGGAAAAACCUUCUCGGUGCAGAAGUUCACUCUGGACUGGGCAGAGGGUUUAGAGAACCAGGAUGUGGGUCUGCUGGCUGUGCUUUCGUUCAGGGAGCUGAACCUGGUGAAGGACCAGCAGCACAGUCUUCUCACGCUGCUCCAUGUUUUCCAUCCAGCGUUACAGAAGCUCACUGCAGAGACGCUCGCUGUCUGUAAACCUUUGUUCAUCUUUGACGGCCUGGAUGAAAGCAGACCUUCUCUGGACUUCAACCACAGGGAGCUUGUGUCUGAGGUCACACAGAGGUCAUCAGUCAACGUGCUGCUGACAAACCUCAUCCGGGGGAAUCUGCUUCCCUCGGCUCUCGUCUGGAUAACCUCCAGACCUGCGGCGGCCAAUCAGAUCCCUCCUGCAUGUGUUGACAGGGUCACAGAAGUACGAGGCUUCACUGAGGCCCAGAAGGAGGAGUACUUCAGGAGGAGGUUCAGUGAUGAAGAGCUGUGCAGCAGAAUCAUCUCACACAUCAAGACGUCCAGGAGCCUCCACAUCAUGUGUCAAAUCCCAGUCUUCUGCUGGAUCAGUGCUACAGUUCUGGAGCACAUGUUGACCACAGACCAGAGAGGAGAGCUGCCCAAGACCCUGACUGACCUGUACUCACACUUCCUGCUGCUUCAGACAAAGAGGAAGAACAACAAGUACGGUGAGGGACAUGAGACGACUCCACAGCAGCUGACGGAGGCUGACAGGGACGUUCUCCUGAAGCUGGGGAGGCUGGCACUUAAACAUCUGGAGGAAGGAAACAUCAUGUUCUACCAAGAAGACCUGGAGCAGUGUGGUCUUAAUGUCACAGAGGCCUCGGUGUACUCAGGAGUUUGUACUGAGAUCUUCAGAAGAGAGUGUGUGAUCUUCCAGAAAUCAGUCUACUGCUUUGUUCAUCUGAGCGUUCAAGAGUUUCUGGCUGCAGUCUACAUGUUCCACUGUUACACCAAGAGGAACAUUAAAGAACUCAACAAGUUCUUGGGAAUGCGUAAGAAAACAGACAGUACCUUCUCCCUGGAUGACCUCCUGAAGAGAACCAUGGAGAAAUCCCUCACCAGUACAAAUGGUCAUCUGGACCUGUUUGUUCGCUUCCUUCACGGCCUCAGUCUGGAGUCCAACCAGAGAGUCUUAGGAGGCCUGCUGGGUCGGACAGGGAACAAUCCAGAGAUCAUCCAGAGAGUCAUCAACAACCUGAAGAAGAUGGAGAGUGAUAACAUUUCUCCUGACAGAAGCAUCAACAUCUUCCACUGUCUGACUGAGAUGAACGACCACUCAGUUCAUCAGCAGAUGAAACAGUUCCUGACGUCAGAGAACAGAUCAGAGGAGAAACUCUCUGUCAUCCACUGCUCAGCUCUGGCCUACAUGCUGCAGAUGUCAGAGGAGGUUCUGGAUGAGUUGGACCUGAAGAAGUUCAAUACAUCAGUCCAGGGUCGACUGAGACUGAUCCCAGCUGUGAGGAACUGCAGGAAGGCUAAACUCAGUGAUUGUGGACUCUCAGAGACUCACUGUGAAGUCGUGGCCUCAGCUCUGAAGUCAGACCCCUCACAUCUGAGAGAACUGGAUCUGAGUGGAAACUACAACCUGCAGGACUCAGGAGUGAAGCUGCUGUGUUCUGGACUGGAGAGUCCAAACUGUCGACUGGAGACUCUGAGGUUGGUGGACUGCUAUCUGUCAGAGAUCAGCUGUUCUUCUCUGGCUUCAGCUCUGAGGUCAAACCCCUCUCAUCUGAGAGAACUGGAUCUGAGUGACAACAACCUGCAGGACUCAGGAGUGAAGGAGCUGUGUGGUUUUCUACAGAGUCCAACCUGUCGACUGGAGACUCUGGGGUUGAUUCGCUGCAGUCUGUCAGAGAUCAGCUGUUCUUCUCUGGCUUCAGCUCUGAGGUCAAACCCCUCUCAUCUGAGAGAACUGGAUCUGAGUGACAACAGAGACCUGCAGGACUCAGGAGUGAAGGAGCUGUGUGGUUUUCUACAGAGUCCAACCUGUCGACUGGAGACUCUGGGGUUGUGGAGCUGCAGACUGACAGAGAUCAGCUGUUCUUCUCUGGCUUCAGCUCUGAGGUCAAACCCCUCUCAUCUGAGAGAACUGGAUCUGAGGAACAACGACCUGCAGGACUCAGGAGUGAAGGAGCUGUGUGGUUUUCUACAGAGUCCAACCUGUCGACUGGAGGAUCUGAGGUUGAAGAACUGCAGACUGUCAGAGAUCAGCUGUUCUUCUCUGGCUUCAGCUCUGAGGUCAAACCCCUCUCAUCUGAGAGAACUGGAUCUGAGUGACAACAGAGACCUGCAGGACUCAGGAGUGAAGGAGCUGUGUGGUUUUCUACAGAGUCCAACCUGUCGACUGGAGACUCUGAGGUGGAGCCAAAGAGAACCAACAUCUUCUGAGCAUGUCUCCUUAUGUUUGGAAAGUUCUCCUCCUUAAAAGAAGAGUAAAGAUCCAGCAGUGAUCCUGAUUUAAAAUGCUCUGCCAGUACCGCAUCAGUCUGCAGGUCAAUGAGUUCCAGCUGAACAUCACUGGGUGCAUUAUCCACACUACAGGUAAAGGGAGAGGAAAUCAUGUGCAUUUCAUCCUCGAUCAUUCUGAGAUCUUCCAAUCGCCUUGAAAACUCACCAUGCAGUGCUCCUAGCAUGGAUGAGUACCUGCAAAGAUGAUCAGCUGAUGGUGGGGCUUCUUUCAGGGUUUGCAUGUGAGUGAGAUUGUUGCUCUCCAGUUGGCUUGAAAGAAACUGCAUCCUUCUCAUGAAAGCCUUCACCAGGCUGUGCAUUUCAUUAACAAAUAGGCCCUUGCAGUUUGGUGUUCAGUUCAUUCAUCAGUGAAGUCACAUCAACAGCCAAUGCUAAAUCUGCCAUCCAGUCCUCAUCUGAGAGCUCUGGGAUGUCCUUGCCUUUCUUUUUGCAGAACUCUUGAAUCUCUGCUCUCAGGUCCCAUACUGUUUUUAACAUGUUGCCCAGGCUGAUCCAUCUGAAAGCUGUGUGGUAGCCUCUGUCCCCAUGUUCAGUCUCAUGCUCCUCCAACAGUGCAACCAACUGUCUGUGAUUCAGCUCGUGCCCUAAUGAAGUCAACUGUUUUAGUGACAACUUCAAUAACAUGGUUCAUCUUUAGCACUGACUUGCACAACACAUGCUGGUACAAUGCAAAAAUACCAAUUUCUGAUCUGGUCGAUUUCAGUCACUUUAUCUUGAACACUGUUCAAAAGUCCGACAUCUUUCCCGGUCAGACUUGGACAGCCGUCCGUUGUGACACCUGCCAGUCCGUCCCAUUUCAGACCAGCGUGUUCAUGCAUGCAUCGAACUCCGUGAAUAGAUCGCUCCCUGUCGUUGUCCCUUUCAUUGGCCGCAGUGCUGCCAGCUCCUCCGUAAUCUUGAAGUCCUUUAUCCCACGGACGAAUACGAGUAGCUGGGCUGUGUCACGGACAUCGCAGCUCUUGGUAAAAAGCUGGCCUUGGUUGCUGCAUGCCUGGAUGUGUGAAGCUUGGUAAAGAAGCCUUGCUGCUUUUGUAGCUUAGCUAGUAAAGCUUCCGAUGUCCCGGCCUUUUCAGCAUCAGUCAAGCUUUUGUAUUUCUCUGUGUGCUUCGUCUCGUAAUGUUGUCUCAAAUUGAAAUCCUUAAACACGGCGAUCUGCUCUCCACAAACUAAACACACGGCUUUACCUCCGACUUCAGCAAAUAAAUACUUAGCAGUCCAUUUAUUGUUGAAAACCCUGCAUUCGGCCAGACAUUUCCGAGGGCUAGAGUCGCCUUGUAGUCCACUUGUCCACGUGGAGACUCCUGAACAUGUCCAGCAAGACAUUUAGAGACAUCUAGUGGUGAAGUUACAUAUUACAAUCAACUGAGCCCCGAGGACACGAGGACUUUCAAGCUGGUUUCAGUUAUGAACUCUGUAAAAUAGUGUCUGGACAUUUUCUGGAGUUUGACUUUAACAUAUGAAGAAUGGGUGGAGCAGCAGGAGGCGGAGCCUGUAGAGCAGCAGGAGGCGGAGCCUGUAGAGCCACAGGAGGCGGGACAUGACGUAUAAACUCUGCUGUGGACAGAUCAGUGUUGUUGUUUACAUCUCAUCCACACCGACGUCAGCCCUCAUCACCAGAAGAUCUGGAAUCUCCUCGUGUUUCCAAGUGGACGUCUUCGUCUUCUACGUGUCCGGCUCCUCUUCUUCAUCCUGAGAUGUUUGUGUUCUUCAGGUUUCACGUCCGUCUCACGUGUUUGUGUCCUCAACACGUCCACUCGCUCUCUGUGAAUCCUCUGGACAUUCACCUGCUCUAUUCUCACAUGGACUCACUCAGAAACUUUAUUAGGAGGCUGCAGGACAAGUUCCAGAAAAUGUC